AUGGAGGCGGCGUCUGGCAGCAGCGGCCCCCCGCCUGCCUUCAAGGACAGCAAGUGGGCGCAUGCGGUGCCGGUGCCGGAGGCUGGCUGUGUACUGCUUGCUCACCCCUCCAUGUUCGGGGUGAACCAGCAGUAUUUCAGGCUGGCGGCCAUCCUGAUCCUGGAGUGCACAGAGCAGGGCUCGCUCGGCAUCAUCCUCAAUCGCCCAACGGAGCACAGCCUGCAGGACGUGCGCUUCACUGUGGGCGAGGCCAUGGACGCCUUUGCCUCCAACAAGCUCUACAUGGGCGGCGAUGUGGGGGAGAGCAACGUCAUUGUGGUCACCACCAGUGAUGCUGUGGAGGGCGCGACUCAGAUUGCCGCUGGCAUUCGGGUGGCCACCGUGACGGCAGCGGCAGCCGCUGUCAAGGCUGGUCGCGCGCAGCCCGACGAUUUCCGAUUUUACGCCCAGUACAGCGGCUGGGGUCCAGGCCAGCUGCAGCGCGAGUGCAAGGCAGGGGUGUGGUUUGUGGCAGCCGUGAGCAGCCCAUUGGCGCUGGAUGAGCAGCUGGCCAAGGGGCCUGAGCUGUGGCACGAAAUUCUGAAAACCAUGGGUGGUCCCUACUCUGAGCUGUCCGAGCUGGUGCGGGAGAGCGAGGCGGCGGCGCGGUCCCAGGAGCAGCUGCCAGGAGAGGGAGCCUAG